CGCGAAGUCGGGCCGCGCCCUUCGUGCCGGGUAACUAACAAGGCUUACUGGUACAAGAAGGAAAUUGGAACAAGUGGAAAAAGUAAGAUUGAAACUGAUGGACAUUGUAUGGGCCAGAGGCAGGGAUGGUUGGCUAUGACCCCAAAGCUGAUGGCAGGAAUAUCUCCAGUUUUGAGGUGGCUGUGGCUGGGUCUGUGUCUGGACUUGUCACUCGGGUGAUGGUCAGCCCCUUGGAUGUCAUCAAGAUCCGUUUCCAGCUUCAGAUUGAGCGCCUGUCUCGCAGUGACCCCGGUGCAAAAUACCAUGGGAUCCUACAGGCUGGGAGACAGAUUUUGCAGGAGGAAGGCCCCACAGCAUUCUGGAAAGGACACGUCCCAGCGCAGCUUCUCUCUAUAGGCUAUGGAGCUGUCCAGUUUCUGUCGUUUGAACUGCUGACCGAGCUGGUGCACAAAGCCACCACGUAUGAUGCCUGUGACUUCUCAGUGCACUUUGUGUGUGGAGGCCUGUCCGCCAGCGCUGCCACCCUGGCCGUGCAUCCUGUGGACGUGCUGCGCACUCGCUUUGCAGCUCAGGGGGAGCCCAAGGUGUAUAAAACCCUGCGAGACGCCGUGGUGACCAUGUACCGGACCGAAGGCCCCUUGGUUUUCUACAAAGGCUUGAACCCCACCUUGAUCGCCAUCUUCCCCUACGCCGGCUUCCAGUUCUCCUUUUACAGCGCCUUGAAGCACGUGCACAAGUGGGUCCUGCCCGCCGAGGGAAGGAACAACGAGCACCUCAGAAACCUGCUCUGUGGUAGCGGAGCUGGAGUCCUCAGCAAGACCCUCACAUACCCCCUGGACCUCUUCAAGAAACGGCUGCAGGUUGGCGGGUUUGAGCGGGCCCGAGUCACCUUUGGCCAGGUUCGCAGCUAUAGGGGCCUCCUGGAUUGUGCCCAGCAGGUGCUGCAGGAGGAAGGCCCCACGGGCCUCUUCAAGGGCCUGUCCCCGAGCCUGCUGAAGGCUGCUUUCUCCACCGGCUUCGUGUUCUUCUGGUAUGAGCUCUUCUGUAGCCUCUUCCACCACAUGAAGAAGGCGGACAGCUAGCCCCCAGGGCAGGAAGGGCGGCCUCCGGAAGGAAGGCAGACUCC